UCCGGUUAAUGUUUAGAUCAGCUGUUUCUUCUGUUAACUGCGGGACCUUUAGAGCUCGUAUCCAGCUGCACUGUGAACACAAAUGAGGCUGGUGUUCUCUCUGAUACUGGAGCUGGACGGCUACGGCGGAGGUUAGCUUAAUUCCGCGGCGAUUAAAAAGGAAUCCAAAGACAACUACGUCAGCCAUAAAAGAAGAAUGGAUUUGUUUACAUUACUGAAUUUAGACGAACUGUCGCUUGGGCUGUCCAAUCUCCAAAUGUUCCCCAUCUUUGAGACAGCUCAUUACAUAAUAUCAGUGAUGGCACUCCGUGAACAGCCAGGGGUGUUGGAGGUCGCCCACCGGAGCCCGUUUGCCUGCUGGUUUAGCUCCAUGCUCUUCUGCUUCGGAGGAGCCAUUUUGUCUGGUCUAAUGUUGGCUGAGCCUCCUGUGGCCCCGCUCUCCAACACCACCACUGUGCUGCUGGCCUCCCUGAUAUGGUAUCUGGUGUUCUACAGCCCCCAGGACCUGUUGUACUCCUGUGCAUCCAUAGUACCUGUGAGGCUGGUUCUGUCUGGGAUGAAAGAGGUGACUCGGACCUGGAAAGUUCUGGGGGGUGUCGUCCAAGCCCAGAAGAAGUAUGAGAAUGGACUCUUGGUGAUGAUUGCAGUGGGCUGGGCCAAAGGUGCUGGUGGCGGUCUGAUUAGUAACUUUGAGCAGCUGGUUCGUGGGAUCUGGAAACCCGAGACCAACGAGCUGCUGAGAAUGACCUACCCAACCAAGAUAACCCUGAUUGGAGCGGUACUGUUCGCCCUACAACAGAACCACUACUUGCCUCUGAAGAAGCACCAUCUGAUGUUGAUCUACACAGUCUUCAUUGUCACCAACAAGGUUAGGAUGAUGUUGACUGGAUCUUCCACCUCACCCUUUUCCCACAUGGAGUCUGCUAUGUACAACACGUUCUUUGCUCGUCCGGCGGCCUACUCCCCUCUAGCUGAUGGGGGUUCACCGUGUACCUCAGAGCCACCCAAAACCCCCGAUGCCCACUGUGACGGCGCCAAGAGCUCCGCGCCACCUGGCACCGGUGGCCCUUCCCACGAGUCCAGGCUCCUCGAGAAGAGCUCAACCAAAGCACAGGACAAAGACCAGCAGGACGGGAACGAGCCGAAGAGCAACAAGAAAAAAGACUGAAUGAUGAAUGCACAUUUCCAGCUUUUCAUAGUUUUUGGACCAUAAAUAUAUAUAUAUAUAUUCAGUGAUUCGUAAGUUUAAUUGUAUAACAAAGCGAUAAUAAUAUAAAAACCUAUAUUUUCAUAUCUAUUAUGAAAUCAAGAGAUGUUUACUACUGCUUCAAUGCAUUGAUGUUUUUAAAGGAUUUUGAUGAAAAUACUGUUCCUAAUCGUAAAUACUCUCUGAGAGGGUUGUGAUUUUCUAAGAGAGAUUCCAAUACUUAUAUACUGCAGAUUUUAUAUUAUUUAUACACAAGAGAAUGUCUCUGCAUGGCAGAAUCUUUACUGCAGUGAAUGUAGCACCCGACAAUGUGUCAUUACUGUGAGCGAAAUACCAUCAAAGUAAGUAAAUUCAGUUGCACUUUAAA